CGGAACCCUUGGCAAUGAACGGCGGUGCCAGGGUUAGGACCGCAGUUCAGAAUGGAACUAUCACGUGUGGAUGUGCGGCAUAAACGAUGAUUCGAAGGAUGCGUUGACUUGGCCUCGUCUGCUACUUUGAAGGAUGCGACAGAAGACCAUCCCUUUCUGGUGAGAUUUGAGAAGGAUAGCUAACUGGCAGCGUCCUUGCUGCGAUCUCCGGCUGGAUGCUACGCGUUGGCCCUUGGGGCAGGCAACAUUCCACGCUACGCUGGGCUGCUACCCUCCCUGCAGGAGGAGCCGCAAAAAGUGACCCGGCAACCCUCCCCGAAUUGAGAAACGCACUUAAUGUCUGCUUUCGAUAUCCACUACUACUGGUCCUCCUCCCCCUCCGAGCCACUGCGCCAGCGCCACCUGCGUGAGUGAUUGCAAGCUCAUGUUUGGGUCAGCAGAUCCAAAGGGAGAAAGCGGUCUCACCCGCGGGUCUCUUCACAAUGUCUGAGUGGGUGGAACAUCAACGACGAUGGAGUUCUGCGCUUUGAGAGGCGUCACAGUGCGGUGUGCAAGGUCUCCUCUAGCAGGCGGUUGUUCCUUGGACGGUAGAAAAGAGACAGCGACAGAGAGUGCGAGAUGUCAUCGGAAGCAGCACAGAUUUGGAAGUGCUGUGCUGUGAGAAGUGCUUCGGCGCGAGUUGUAGAGGUGCAACACUUAUCGGUGUGACCUCUUCCCUUGUCGACACACACACAACCUUUUCAUGGGUGAGAGUCUCAGCCUCGUAUAUGCCUAAAUCUCAAUGAUAUGUGGUUCUAAGAGACGACCAGCAACUGCUUGAGGGGCAUAGUUGUACCUGAAGCAUAUCACUGCCAUAAUAAAGUGCUAACAAGAUUUAUUCAUGGAGUGUUGUGAGGAAGUCGUCUCAUACGCGAUGUAAUGAGUUGUCAAACGCCUGCUAAAUGCAUGUUAGAUGAGGCACGUGUUUGUAAUGCGCCAAGGCCAAAUCCGCUUUUGGGUGCUUCCAGGUCGUAAGACAUCCACCAGUGAAGUGAUCUUUCCUGAGGAAAUACUGGAUGUGCUGCGAUGUUGAGCCUUACAAUCGUUGAAUCACAGAUCAGAAGUUGUCUUUAUACUGCCUAGCAGCCAUGCAAUGUCAGCUGCAUUUUGCGGAUGAGCCUUCAAGACGAGAAGCCGUUUCGUCUCCACGUAAGGACAUCGACGUUCAGUACUGUGACACUGAACUUAGAGAUCCAGGACGAUGCUUGCAACUUCACUGUGCCUAGAGAGGCCCGGAAUUAAAGGAUAAAGUCAAAAUCCCACAAGAGAGAAAGAGAGAGGCGGAGAGAGAGAAAAAAGUCCUUCGAAGAAGACGGUAGAGUAAAUCCUGCGGUGCCCUCGACACGCCUUGACAGUGCCCAAAAGACAACAAGUGCUCUUUUCCAAUACUGAGCCGUCGGAGUGUUUCCCUGCGGCUCACCCGACGAAACGAGAGCAUUUCAGUGUCCUUCCUCACAUUGCCACCAAGCCGGUGGGAUGCCCCCGAGCAUGAGUGUCAGUUCAUCACUGCCUUUGGACUGGAGUGAGUUGUGAGAGUGCUCUGCUAGUGGAUUACUGGUCCAGCUCCAUCACCGGAACAAUGGCCUCCGCCAAGAAUCCUCCCAAGAUGGAUGACUUGCUUCAGAAGCUCCGUAGGAGUAUUGCGGAGCUAAGUCUUCAAGGCGAUGACUUUACGAGGCAAAUGUGGCACAUGUACAGCACCUUCGAAGAUGUGGUUGGACCUGAGCCGCACGCCCGUCCGAGGCCAUCCAGCGCGGAGGAUGCCCCUCGGGAAGCCCCUGUGAAGCCCCCCAGGGCUCCCUCCUACCCGGACGUGCACCGAUCAUCCUCUUCUCCCCAACGUCGUCCCCAAUCUCCCGCUCACCAGUCCCCGGGCGCCCGUCGCAAGCGGAUGUCAGCACCCCCGCGAUCGCAGGACUACCCUCGAGGCAGUCCCGGUAGUCCGCGGCAUUGCCGCUCCCGGACGGAGCCCUCGUCCAAUCCACUCCUGGACACCAUUGGGUCGAUGACGUACGACCCCUGCUGUGAGUCGGACGACUACUACGACCUGUCUUCCGUCUACCAGCAGAGGAGAAGGCCGAGCAGGGGAACGGAGUCUUCAGCGCACCAGCACAGCGAUGGAGAGUCCAUCGGGUACGCCGGAUCAAACUCGGUGGACAGCGGCUACAAAAGUCUAUGUCCGACGCCAGAGAUUCCGGACUAUACGACAUCGGACCCUAAGCCUAAGAUAAUGAUGGGAACACGAGUGAUGAGUAGACAGGGCACGACGGGGACAACAAGGACGAAAGACCUGGAUGCCGACUUGGAUCACCUGAUGCAUCUUAGACAGUCUCUGUUAAGCGCCAUCGCCCACUGUGAAGCACGGCCAGGGAGUCCCAAGGCGAGGAAUGCAGUAAAACAGACUAGCCGUCCGACAGCAGCUCCCUCUGACGACGAGAGGCGGCAAGAGAGCUCACAGAAGACGGUGCGCUUCAACACAGACGCUGGCAAAGUGUGCAAAGCGAAAGCUGGCAGGACGAAGCCUAUCCUGAAAGACCCAUUGUGCGCCAACCUGCGCGCGCAUAUGGAACGACCCGAUCCAGAUGCUGGAAACCUGGAAGAAGAGAUCGACUCUUUGCUCUGCGGAAGAUCUGAUCAGUACGACCAGGAGACUGUCGAAGGAUUCCCUUGCUCCUAUGUCACCAUGAUCGAGGACAAGUACCGCUGUAGCGGGAAUUUCAGCGUAGCCAAGGUCAAAUGUUUGAAAGAUAAGUGCCAUGAAACCUCUAAAGACCACAACCACGCAACGCUGAAGCAAGACCUUCCCCCCAGCAUGACGAGCAGUAACACCAGGAGCAAAGUGAGUCGACCGCCAGAACCGCAUCAUCCCCCUGCGACGGACCCCAGUGCCACCACCCCUUACAGCGCAGCUCCUCCGGCAGAACCUGCUUCCAACACCCCGAGAUCAUCGUCCAGCGUGGACGCCGUUCGCUCAACGUUCAGUUCGGCCAAAUCGCGUUUCAGCGAGGUGGCCAAGUGCAUGCUGGAGAUCAUCGAAGACCUGCAGCACAAAAAGACCGACCCCCGUGCUUCGAACAAACAAUCUAAACAACCGGUGAAACUACGUGACACUCCGAGGCACGCUGUCCCGCCAAAGCGACCUGCGAGUGUGGCGAGCGACUCGGAGUACCACGUCUACGAGGAAGUCCUCUACGACCUGGUCGGCGGCACGUACGCCCCGGAGAGGCCUCCUCCGCUCCCGGCUCGACCGAGGGACCAGGGAGUGGAGCCCGGGAACUGGCCAAAGCAGAGAAGCAACUUGUACUCGCUGGUAAGGAACCCGGAAGAAAGGAGAAACAUUUCUAGAUCUCUGGAACAGGAGUCGAGGCACGGGGGCGGAGAGGACGAGUACGGCUUCAAGGCUCUGGCAAGCUCCUAAAGACGUGAAAAUCAACGCGUUUUGUGGAAUGUACAGUGUGUCUGGGUACGUGGGACACGUGGUUCGCAGUUGAUGUCCAGUGCUUGCGCGUUGGUGUCGGAAUUCUGCAAUGACAGUGACUGUAAGCUCAGUGAGUUUCGUUCCGUUAGAUUAGUAUCAGGGCUAUUAAUUAGUUUCCUUUGUAUUCCGGUAUUUAAUUACGACGCACACUAAUUCAAAGAUCCGAGAUGUCUCUGACGUUACGAUGCAAAGAGCGAAAAGAAGAAGUUGGGGCGAGUGGUGGUAGCGGUGGUGAUACCACCAAGAUCUAGAAAUUUGAGGUGAUCCUUCGUGUACAAGAUCAGUGUUAACAGAGCGUGCCCUGUCUGCCGCUACAAUAUUCUGCACAUUGAAAAAAAUUCGGCAGCGAUUUCAAAUCGUUAUUUCGCAAAAAAAAAAAAUGGCAGGAGAACGCCUCAAGGAAAGUGACAAUCAAUUUUUUGCGCCUUAAGUUUCAGCUUCAUGAGCCCAACAGUACACGUAAGUGUACCGCACUUUUAUAAUUGGCGACUGUGAACAACCGUUCCUUACACAUUGAGCACGCGCCACUGUCAUCUUGUGAACUCCGCACGUAACGGCAUCCAACAUCCACCGUGAACCACAUUGAACAUAUCACGUGUCAUUUCUUUCGGUGCUGAAUUCUGAAAUGCACAACUCACUGGAGCACACUAGGGACAUGUGACUCGGGGACCUUUGUGUGAUAUUUUCUUGUGCUGCUUCGUGACUCUCAUAUUUUUCCUUUUAUGUUGAAGAUGAAAAGGUGCUGUCCCAGUGAACGGCGUUUACACAAACUCUCUUGUGACGUCACUGAUGCAUAAUCAAGAGUGUGAGCUUUAGUGGUUUGUUAAUUAUUGUUCAGUUUUUGUAGAAGUUCUAUACCUGAAUAUACGGAACACACGUGUAUAUGUUGUCGCGACAGUUGGUACAAAUGCAGUUAACAGGUUGUAAAUUAUAGAGAACGUCCCCCUUCAAUUAAUGUUAUGAACUCGAAGUGUAUACAGUAGUGAUAAUAAUGUGUCUAAUGUGUGAAUGUUUGUGACAGGAGCUAUGACUGCAGACAUUGUUCCUGAAUGCUUUUGUGCUUCUUUAGCUAAUCAACAUGAGAUAACGAAGAACGUUAGAUUAGAGGACAAUACUCAACAGUAGUUUAACAUCGUGAAAUGAAAACAUCUCGACGCGCCAUUCGUUCGGCUACUUAUUCAUUCCGUUAAAUUACCGCGUUACCGUUAAAAGCGAGCUGCAAUGCGACGGGGACUGUGCAAAACUACAUGAUAAGUUGAUAAGUAAAUUUAAAAAAAUAUGGAGAAAUUGGAGAAAGUAUAUGCUUGGGGUUCCUAAUAGGCAACCUGCGUAGCUGAAAUAACGAAAUACAAAAAAGCCCAGCAACAUCACAUGACCUCCCCUAUCGUACAAGACUGACUAGACUGCGUACAGACUCAGGUCGAUGGUAGGGAGCUUUAGUAUUGUUUGCGCCAGCACACUCAAAGGCGUUACGUACGCAACGAAAUAGCGUUGCCCACACUGCGCAUGUGUGCAACACGCUAUUUUACGCUAUCUCGCAAAUUCAGCGUGUGCACACAAGGCUGCUUGCAUUCCGUUCACGUGGCAUGCGAGACAGCUCGAGCCCUGCGGUUUGCAACACUCACACGCAAGGACAGAAACGGCGGCAAAUGCUGUUGGACUGGGCGGAUUAUAUUGGCUGCACUUGGCUCUCUGCGUUCUCGAAAGUAUAGACACUGUAUAGAUUUUGCUUUAUACGACAGAUGGUGUUACAAUGUUUGGCGUGAGUACGCGCCGCGCUGUACUAAAACCGUGCGUGCGCCGCAAAAGUGCAACGUGGCGCAGACUGGUAACGCAUAGCGUACGCAAGCGUCUAUCCGCUACACUACAUCCUAUUAAUGCGUGUAUUAGUUGUCGCCAAGCAAUAAUCCAGCGUGAUAAAGAGUUGCACGUGGGAUAGCAGCACGAUCUCUAGAAACCAUCAGAACGUGCAUGCAUCUUCUUCCAAUGGAACUUAGUACUGGAACUACUGAACCUGGCGCAUCAGCAGGGCCCGCUUGCACGAACGUUCGGGGAAUUCCUCAGUGGUGUCAUCAGUAGCUGCCAGCGUGCACAGGCCACUCCUCAACGCUGCUCUUUCAUAGAGCACCGGCAAAGCUAUCGAGGACGGCCACUCAGGAGUCCCCUCGAACCUCGUGGAACUAGGCCUAGGUCUCCUCGCGCAGCAACCAUGUACAUCCAUCUGGCGGUUUAACGGAAUUUCUUCUUUUCUUCGCCUCUUUUGUCAUGUUUCGAAGCGAACACGAUGCCAAAAGUCCCCGCUAUUCUACACCAUGUAUACAUAGCCGUAACGCAGCACUUCGGUUAUAGUCAACAUAUUAUUGAAAUGCGUCAACAAACUGUAUACUACAUGUGAAUGUCUACAUUGUGCCGUAGCGGAGAAUUUCAUGCCUUACGCGCCUCUCUGUUACUACCCUGCUUGUUACUGUUCGCUGUUCUCUAUACUAGGCACCUGCACCGAGAAAAACUUGCAAUCGACUAUCCAACGCUUGUGAAGAGAACUCUAUGCACCACAUUGCACAGACUAUAUACGGUGCGAGAUGUUGCUUGUUGCUGAUAUUCAACAGUGUAAAAACGCAACGACACCUAGCACGAUUCUGUUGCUUUCGAAACGACGCGCAGUAUCAAAUCAUUCAAUAUUGAGGUUUACUAUAACGUACGCUGUCGCCUUUGUGUACGCAAGGGAUAGCGUGGUGAUGCUGCGCAACGCGCAAAGCUGUGCUUGUAUCUGGCGCGAUCCACCAACACUAUUCCUUACGUACGCGAAAGCGAUAGCGUACGAUAUAUUAAAAACUCACUAAUAUUUAAGCAUCGUUUUCGGUUGCGUAGAAAGCAUGAUUUGCUAAGUUCAACGAAACGUUGGUCAAACACACGAUAAACACGAAACAUAUCAUAUCAGAUACAAAUACGUGAAUGCACGUACUUUUACUGUCGCAUUUGGAUUUCGUUGUCAGGCCUAGGCAGCGUGUUCUGAAAGUUCCCCCCAAGAGUAUACACCAUAUAUUUCGCUUCUUGCAACAGAUCCUUCCAAAGACAUAUGACCAGUGGCGUCACUCGGGCACGCGCCGCCUGGUGCGGGAACUCUUUGUGUCACCCUCCCCACACCCAUUAACGGAUCCCCUUCCGUAUAAGGCGAUACACGAUAAAAAAAUAAUGGUCGAUCCAUUGGUGGAUCCGACGGAAAUGCGUUGGAAUUAAAACUUGAAAACCCUUUGGGAACUCGCAUUCACAACGCUACAUAACCCUUCAACGAUCCUUCACAAACGCAAUGCAACACUUCAAAUGGCCCUACACAAUGCUAACGGAAGACAGCAUCUGCAGCCAACGAGCCUUUCGGGCUUACUCCGAUUCAGCUUGGCGGCGCCGUCUCGCAGCCUCAGCCUCCUUUCGCAGCCGCUUCUCUGCACAGCUUUCGUACCCCAUGGCGCGCCCUCGCAGACACGUCUGAACCUGUAGGCCAACACAGCUGCACUGCCGGCGCGCCGCGUCACGCUCUCCACGCGCCCUCUCCUUCCCUCUCCACUCACCGCGUAUGCGCGCAGCGCCGUGGCUACGGACAGACCACGCCGCGAUUCUUUCGUAUCGAGGACACUAAUGCGAACGCAUUAGUAACCCUCUUACACCGCACUCAGAAAAAAAAGUCACGUGCUCGCAGAGAGGUCCUCAUAUUGUUUUUGGUGUCAUCGUGCCGCAGAGAGCUGCAGGAAGUGGCAGUACUAGUGCGGCGCGUCACCCGAUGCUGCGGAGCGCACCCCCCCCCCCCCCCCCACCACCACCACCGCCUAGUGGCGCCACUGCAUAUGACACACGUAAACCACAUACACACGCUUCGUUGUUUCGGAUUGUCGUAACGAGAAACGGGGAGAGUGAUUGGCGCCAUUUUACCUCCGUGUGGACUGCCACCGCCGCAGCGCCGCCUCUAGCUGUGCAGGUAAAGUACGCAGCGGAUAGUUUCCAGUUCCCUCCGACAGGUGGCGGCAUCGGUGGCAUUAUUACGUGCGUGAACGAAAUGGCGUCGAUUGCUUCUUCAUGUGCGUCAGUGACGAUAACAUCGCGAAAUCUCACGUUCCUUCGUCUGACACCACAACAAAGUAUUGUCACUAUACAACACACAUGUGUUCCUCAAACUAACAAACAACUCAGGUUCUUAAUGUACCAGUCAAGAACGCGAAAUUACGUUUAAAUAAUAUAACAUAUGAUGUACUACACGACGAAUUACUUUACAGACAUAUAUAGUUUAUGAAAAAGAAUAAGGCAACCUUGUACAUAUUUGCAAUAUCGUUGUUAUCAACCUUGAAACGCAUGCUAGGGUGAGCACUGUGUUGUAUUUUCUCUCACCCGUUACUCCGUUGUCGAAAGUUGAUGUGUAUUUUUUUCUUUUGUACAUAGACAUUGUACUGUAUGUGGGUGUGAUAAUUCUCUUCCUUGCAAUCGUGGUGAGUGUGUAUGAAUAACAAACACGAUUAUCGAUCGAAGGGAUGAAAGCCUGGGCAGUGGUGGAGAAGGCGUUUGUAUACGCAAUAGAUGCGUGAAUGAGCAGAAAUAAAACUUGACUGAAAGA